CGUGACCACCGAGGGAAGAGAACACAGAACUGCUUCAUCAUGAAUUUUGUAAUGAAAGCUGCGCUGGGAGGAGGCCCUCCUGAUGUCGGCAAAAUGCUGGGUGGGGAGGAGAAGGAGGAGGAUCCCGACGCAGCGAAGAAAGAGGAGGAGCGACAGGAGGCUCUGAGGCAGCAGGAGGAGGAGAGGAAGGCCAAAUAUGCCAAGAUGGAGGCUGAGAGGGAAAGCAUGAGGCAAGGCAUCAGGGAUAAGUACGGCUUGAAAAAGCGCGAGGUGGCCGAGGCCGAGGCAGCAGCCGCCGCAGAGGAGGCCGCGGAGGGCAGCUUGACUCGACCCAAGAAGGCCGUGCCGGCUGGCUGCGGCGACGAGGAGGAAGAGGAAAGCAUCAUGGACACGGUGAUGAAAUACCUGCCAGGUCCGCUGCAAGACAUGCUGAAGAAGUAGGUUAGCUAGCGAGCCAAUGCUAACAUUAUCUAGCUUAGUUCAUUGGCUACAGUUGCAAGGUUUGUUCAGGUUUCUUUCCAUUCACAUGUAAGUACUUCAAAUGAAGCUAAAAUUUGGUUGCGGUGUUUUGGUGUGAAAUCAAAGUUUCACGGUGGGGAAAUGAAUCCGACGUGAACCAACUCUGUGAACUGCAGCCUUUAGACUAAGCUAGGCCGAGCCAACGGCCAGGUGAAUGUUAGCCUGACUCGUGUUAAAGUUGUGAAGCUAACAGCAAGCAGAGGGCCUAAAGACACAUGGUAGAUGGUUUAUCCUUCUAGUCUGAGAAGUUUUAAACUCCUUUUUCUCUCCUCUGCGAUAGCUGCAGAACUCUCUUGCAGUACAGAAAAAAAUAAUCUUCUUUGUCCACCACAUUCACUCAAUUUGUACAUAAAUAAAUGAAUACAUACCAAGCCUCAAGGUGGGCAAACAAUCAUAAAUAUUAUAUGGAAAUAUUAUUCUGUGUGUCUGUCUUGAAAAUAAGAAGAAGAAAAAAAAAAGUGAUAACUUGAUAAGCCAUAUUUUAAAAAGAAAAUUUAAAGACUACUGUUGUGUGCUCCUAAAGCUUCUGUUUUGCGUUUGACUAUGUCUGAAAUUUAUGUAAAACUUUUUGCACACAAUGUGACACAUUCUCUGUAAUACCUAUUGUGUAACUCCCCCCCUACACGAUCCCACGAUGGCCAACAUCAAGGUGUUAUACAUUCAUGUAGUAUACUGUUUAAAAAAUGUUUCUACUCCCCCCCGUUCAGAGCGUCUCCUUCUUACGUCUUGCAUGCCAUUUGUCUGGUCGAGUUCGUUGUGUGACGAUGUGCUCCCCCCAAAAACCUCCCCGAUCCACUUUUCUCCUCUUCUUUAUCAUGCAAAAAAUAUUAAGGCAAUAACUCCUAAGUUUGACUGUGUUUUCACUACCAUGUCGAUAUAACCGUUAAUAAUAUUAGUAAUGAAAAAAAAAGAGGAAAAAAAAAAAGAGAAAAAGAUAUGUAUGCAUUCAGGAAAUUUAAUUUACAGGUUUGCAGGGUUUUGUUUUUUUGUUGUUUCAUUGUUUUGACGAAGAAUGACUGCGUAGCUGUUCAAACGACAGCCAAAACCUUAAGCUUUCAGCCAUAAAACCAGAACUUACAGUAUAUAUACUAUUACUAUCAGGAUCUACUAGAUGGGAAGGAAAUACUGAGUGACGCAGUAUGAAUAAGCAGUAUGUGUUUAAAUAAGCAGUACUAAGUGAAGAGUGGACAACAAGUCUGGAUUUGGCAUCAUAUGUGAAGAAAGUGACCGUCUUCCCUCAAUACAACACACACACACACACACACCCAAACACACACAGUGAAGUGAGUACUGCAGUUUUGAGUACUGAUCUAGUUACACAGAAAAAAGCCAGGAGUGUUUGAAAAAGAAGACGUGACGUGUUGCUCGAUUCUGUUCCGUUGUUGGUGUCGAUGUGAGAAUGAGCCGGUGAAGGGCGAUGCAGAAUGCCAUGAGCAAUAAAGGAUUAUCAUGUAUGUUUCUGCCUGAGAUUCAAUAAAAACUUAAAACCUUGUUCACAGACAUAAAAAAA